AUGAGAAUUCUCUGUGUGGCUGAAAAAAACUCAAUUGCCAAGGAAGUGGCGAAUGUGCUCUCCGGAGGACGUUCUCGUCCUAGAGACUCCACGUAUAAGUUCGUCAAGAACUAUGACUUCACUUACAACUUUCCUGGACUCGGAAACUGCGACGUCACUAUGACAGCCGUAUCAGGACACAUUCUAGGAACGGACUUUGGACCCGAAUACGCGUGGGGAAAGUGCUUUCCAGGUCGACUAUUUGAUGCACCGUUCAUUACCUCAGUAUCCAAAGACAAAGAUAAACGAAGUCAGAAAAUUCACGACAACAUCGUUAAGGAGGCACGUAACGCGGAUAGAUUGAUGAUAUGGACAGAUUGUGAUCGUGAGGGUGAGUACAUAGGUUGGGAGAUCUUGCACGUAGCUCAGCUGAAGAAUCGGAACAUCACUUUGGGUAAUACGUGGAGAGCUCAGUUUUCCCACUUGGAGCCUUCACACGUGGUGUCGGCGGCUAGAAGCCCACAGGCACUCGACAUGAAGUUGGUGGAGGCUGUGGAAUGUCGAAAAGAAUUUGAUUUGCGAGUUGGAACGUCCUUCACUAGGUUUCUAACUAAUGUCUAUAAGAGCAAGAACAUGGUAGGCGAUAAGGAGGUUGUCUCGUAUGGAACAUGUCAGUUUCCAACCCUCAGCUUUGUGGUAGACCGCUACGUUCGUGUCAGACGCUUCACACCAGAACCAUUUUGGUAUAUUGACGUGGUUGUAGACCACAAGGGCCAAAAGGUACCUUUUUCGUGGACUCGAGGCCAUCUUUUCGACAAGGCGUUUGUCUACUUAUUAUACUCACAAAUUAUGCUGGGUAAUUCGCCUGCGACCAUCUCCAGUGUUUCUACAAAACCUACUCAACAUUAUCGUCCAUUUCCACUAACCACCGUGGAGCUUCAGAAGUGUUGCUCCCGGUUUUUCCGUUUGACAGCAAAACAAGCUUUAGAUGCUGCAGAGCUGCUCUACACAGCCGGAUUCAUCUCGUACCCGAGAACAGAAACGGACAGGUUUCCGGAGUCGAUGGAUCUCCCUUCGUACAUUGCCAAACAAACCCAAGAUCCAAGGUGGGGAAGUUAUGCACAGAGUUUAACAGGUGGUAACGCGUUCAGAAAUCCUCGUGGAGGCAAGCAUGACGAUAAGGCGCAUCCUCCCAUUUAUCCUGUCAAAUAUGUGAAUAUCGACACAUUGCGUGGAGAUCAGAAAAAGGUGUACGAAUUCGUCGCAAGAAGAUUCUUAGCAUGUUGUUCCGAUGAUGCUAAAGGUCUCCAAACUAGUGUUGAGUUACAAUGGGGAAGCGAGAAGUUUACUGCUGGUGGUGUCCAGGUGACUCAACGUAACUUUCUCGAUGUCUAUCCUUACUCCGACUGGAAGUCAUCAGCGCAGCUUCCUGAAUUUCAGCGCAACGAGACCGUUAAAGUGCACAGCGCAAAGUUAAAAGAGGGCAAAACCUCGCCUCCUAACUACAUGACUGAAACAGAAUUAAUUGCAUUGAUGGAUGCCAACGGUAUUGGAACAGAUGCCACUAUCGCAGAACACAUUGACAAAAUCAUUCUGCGAAACUAUAUUAGUCGGCGGAAAUCAGGCAAAUCUGAAAUCUUCAUUCCCACAUCACUCGGUAUUACAUUAAUUCAGGCAUUUGAUGCCAUCUUGAUAGACCGUAUUUCUCUCUCCAAGCCGUUUUUGAGACGGGCUCUUGAGGGGUUUCUCCAAAAAAUCUCCAGAGGAGAGAUUACAAAGCAGGACGUGAUCAACCAACUUCUCCCACUUUACAAAGAGGCAUUCAUGGAGAGCAACCAGAAGAGCCAUGUGAUGAUCGAUACAUUCAUUGAAACGAACAGAAAACUAGAUAGUGGAAUGAUCUAG